UCCGUCUCCUGAUGUAUCAAGCUAAGCUACAAGAGGAAAAUGGGGAAGACUUUGGGAAAACCACCUGCACAACCGAGGUCCAGGCAGCGUUUAUCCUCUCCUCCUUUGUGACCUUCUUCAGUGGACUCCUCAUUUUAUUCCUGUGCAGAUUGCUCUGGAGAAUCAUAAAAAAAGGGGGAAACUUCCAGGGCACCGGAUUUGUCUUGGAUUUCCUCUCAUCAGGUAGUUUUCACAGCAGUACUUUAAGAAGGCUUUAUUUUUAUGGAGUAUUCCGUGAUCGUAUAGAAAUGUUGCUUUCAGCACAGACCUUUGUGGGGCAAGUGCUGGUGAUUCUUGUGUUUGUACUAAGCAUCGGCUCUCUUAUAAUCUAUUUCAUCAAUUCUACUGACCCUGUUGGAAGCUGUUCUUCAUAUGAAGACAAAACAAUCCCUGUGGAUUUGAUUUUCAAUGCUUUCUUCAGUUUCUAUUUUGGGUUGAGAUUUUUGGCAGCUGAUGACAAGAUCAAGUUCUGGUUGGAGAUGAAUUCCAUUGUAGACAUUUUCACCAUCCCACCAACAUUUAUUUCUUAUUACUUGAAGAGUAAUUGGCUAGGUUUAAGGUUUCUAAGAGCUUUGCGGCUACUGGAACUCCCUCGAAUCUUGCAAAUUCUACAAGCCAUCAAGACAAGUAACUCAGUGAAGUUUUCCAAACUGUUAUCAAUAGCUCUCAGUACCUGGUUCACGGCAGCAGGAUUCAUUCACCUGGUGGAAAAUUUUGGUGAUCCCUGGCUCAAAGGUAGAAAUUCACAAAAUAUAACAUAUUUUGAGUCCAUUUACCUGGUCAUGGCAACAACGUCAACCGUCGGCUUUGGAGAUGUGGUAGCCAAGACAUCCCUAGGACGGACCUUUAUCAUGUUCUUCACCCUGGGGAGUUUGAUAUUGUUUGCGAACUAUAUCCCUGAAAUGGUGGAACUUUUUGCUAACAAAAGGAAAUACAUCAGUUCCUAUGAAGUGGUCAAAGGGAAGAAGUUCAUUGUAGUCUGUGGAAACAUCACUGUAGACAGUGUGACCGCUUUCCUGAGGAAUUUUCUACGUCACAGGUCAGGGGAAAUCAACACUGAGAUUGUUUUUCUGGGAGAAGUCACUCCUUCUUUGGAAUUGGAGACUAUAUUUAAAUGCUACUUGGCCUAUACAACUUUUAUCUCUGGGUCUGCACUGAAGUGGGAGGAUCUGAGGCGAGUUGCGGUGGAGUCUGCAGAAGCAUGCCUGAUUAUAGCCAACCCCUUGUGCAGUGAUUUACAUGCUGAGGACACUUCAAAUAUUAUGAGGGUGCUCUCUAUCAAAAACUAUUACCCAAAGACUAGAGUCAUCAUACAAAUCCUUCAGUCCCAUAACAAGGAUUUCCUGCCAAAGAUUCCCAGCUGGAACUGGAGUACUGGAGACAACAUCAUCUGUUUUGCUGAAUUAAAGCUUGGAUUUAUGGCUCAAGGCUGUCUGGUGCCAGGCUUGUGUACCUUUCUAACGUCUUUAUUUGUUGAGCAAAACAAAAAGAUUUCUCCUAAACAGACCUGGCAAAAAUAUUUCUUGAAUAGCCUGAAGAACAAAAUCCUGACUCAACGUCUCUCUGAUGACUUUGCUGGAAUGAGUUUUCCGGAGGUUUCCCGGCUCUGCUUUGUGAAGAUGAACCUUAUGCUGAUAGCCAUCGAAUACAAGCCCCUCUUUCAGAGUGGUUACUGUGGUCUGAUACUAAAUCCACCUGCACAAAUUAAGCUACGGAAGAAUACAUUAGGAUUCUUUAUUGCUGAAUCUCCAAAAGAAGUCAAAAGAGCCUUAUUUUACUGUGCCACCUGUCACAGUGAUGUGUAUAAUCCUGAGCUAAUUGAAAAAUGUGACUGCAAAAGUAAGAGCCGACAUCACCUCUCAGGGACAGCAAUAAUGGUAAUGAAAAGCUUCAGGAAGUCAUUCUGUGGCACAGUGGCAUCAGAUUCUUUUCCAGGACAGCACAGAAGCUCAAUUAGCUUUUCAAGUCUGGCAACCAAGACUCUUCUAGGCAAUACAGAGCAAGAAUCUGACAAACUUGAUGGCUCCGGCAUGUUUCACUGGUGCAAAGCCGUCCCUUUGGAAAUGGUAACUUUGAAACGAUCUGAAAAGUCAAAACAUGAUUUUCGGAACCACAUCAUAGCGUGCAUAUUUGGAGAUGCCCACACAGCCCUGAUGGGGCUUCGGAACUUUGUGAUGCCCCUAAGAGCUAGCAACUAUACCCGGCAGGAGCUGAAAGACAUUGUGUUCCUUGGGUCUCUGGAUUACAUGCAAAAAGAAUGGCGAUUUCUCCGGAAUUUCCCUCAUAUAUAUAUUCUGCCUGGAUCUGCACUCUAUCCUGCAGACCUACAGGCACUCAACAUAGAGAAAUGUUCCAUGUGUGCUAUCUUAGCACCCUCAUCUAAGCCAUCGAGCAGCCAGACUCUGGUUGACACAGAGACCAUCAUGGCCACUCUCAAUAUCGGAUCACUGCGGAUCGUCCCCUCUACUGAGAAACAUUCAACAAAAGAAGUGUGUUUGCUUGACUUCAGAGACUCUUGUGGGAAAUCAAAAUGCCGACGAAUCCCCACCCUCACUGAACUGAAAAAUCCUUCCAACAUCCACUUUAUUGAGCAGAUUGGUGGACUGGAAGGGAACUUCACGGGGACAAGCCUGCAUCUGAGCGCUUCCUUUUCCACAGGCGCCGUCUUCUCUGGAAACUUCUUGGAUUCCCUCCUGGCCACCGCCUUCUACAACUACCGUGUCCUGGAAUUACUUCAGAUGCUGGUGACAGGAGGAGUAAGCUCUCAGAUGGAACAACAACUGGAUAAGGAGAAGUUCACUGGGUUGACUGACAGCUACUCUAUGUAUUCGUCUGGAAGAAUGCGGUGUAAACUGGGGCUUCUGUCCUUAGAGCAAACGAUUUUAUCAGACAUUCAACCAAGAACCACCUUUGGACAACUAUUCUGUGGCUCAUUAGAUUGUCUUGGAAUCUUAUGUGUUGGCUUAUACCGCAUGAUAGAUGAAGAGGCGAGCAACCCAGAACAUAAAAGGUUUGUGAUUACCCGACCAGCCAAUGACCUUAAGUUGCUGCCUUCAGAUCUUGUGUUUUGUGCCAUCCCUUUCAGCACUGUCUGUGAAAAAAAGGAUGGUGGUUCAUCUCAACCAAUACAUGAAGUUCAAAAUAUUGUAUCAAGAGAAUCAUCGAUGAAUGCAAACCUAAGUUAUCCUACUGCGGUUUACCCAGUGAGUGAGAGUACGCCACAGAAAUUGUUUAGUUCCGUCCAAUCUAUGGAGGUAAAACCUUCUUUCUUUUCUGAAACUCAACAAGCAACGCCUAGUUUGAGUUUUAGGCUCUCAACCGACACAAAGGCUAAUGAAAAUGUGAAAGAAAAUGAAAAGGAAAACAUGAAGGAAACCCUGAAGGAGAAUGCACCAUAGUGUCCAAGCUAAACUGGACCCAUUGAUAUUCUCCACAAACUUCUAAUCUGAUACUAACAAGGCAUCUCCAAAGAUGAUGACUUUGAACAAAGAAAAUAAAAAUGGAAGCAUGCCACUUUUGUGCCCAUGGCUUGCUGGGUGGUUGACCAGCAAGCCACACUGUUUUGGAAGAGACCAAAAUCUAAUCUUGUCCCACUGGAUCUGGUGUGAUAAAUAAAGAGAUAUAUGAUAAAUGCUAUUAAGGGAAA